ACCGCUAGCCUGAAGACCUUCAGAGCCCGAAGCAACGCCGGCCGUCGAGCAAUGCCAGCAGCUGCGCAUCAUCCAGCGCCGAACCUUCCUCUUGCGGUAUAGAAUUCUCCGGAUCAAGGGCUCGCUGUACAGAUAGAUUGCUUGUACAGCUGACUGUACAUGCUAUUGUACGCACCUGCGAAGACCUCCAGGGUGGCUGUUACGUGCGUCGUUAUAUCCAGAGAUCUCCACACCGUGAGGGCCUUCUCCAUGCCUGGAUCGACUCAUCUCAAUACCUGCAUCCGUCUCGUCUGCCUCCAGGCACCCCGGCCACGUGACCCUAUCUGCCUACCGCUCCGCCUCAACUGCCCCCAACGAACACAACUCCGGCACCUCGCUAGGCAUCAACCACAUCCAUAUCUAUAUAACCACCUCUUCCCCGGUCCCCAGUCGACCUCCUCAUCCAAGUGCAAGGGCAUCAGCUGCAGCAGUGAAGACCCCGUCUGAGCUCAGCUUUUUGCUAGUUGAAAACUACAAUUUUCGACCAUGCUUUCGUCGGCCCUCUGGGUCGGCGAGGAAUUUUUGGCCCUCUUCAUUGAUGCCCGCGGCGCUGCUGUGGGGUUGAGGAAGAGCCGGA